UGUUGUGCGUGGCCACGUUCGAGUGUUCAAGGUUGCGCGAUUUGAUCGGAAGUCGGAACUUGUUUGAGAAGUCGAAUUGAAACAAGGCUGUUUACUGGUUUGCGCUUUGGGAUAAAUGAUACGCUGCUAAACGUGCGAGUUUCUUCGAUGCGAGGCUGCCAUCGUCAAAAUAAAGGCUCCCUGGUGGUCUGGAUUGUGACCACAUGACACACUUGGCGUAGCGACAGGAUGUCUGUCGUCAAAAGAAUGUAAGAUGCAGCACCAUUACUCACAUCGUCUCUGCAACAGCUUCCCAAAUAGAUGGCCCCGUCCAGCGUGGUGGUGAGCCCGCAGCUGUUGUGCUGCAUGUGCGAGCUGCGUCUGGAGGCGCCCUCGAAGCUGCACGCCCACCACAUGCGCAGCCACACCCCGGAGGAGCUGUCCCUGGCCCUCCUGGCGCAGCGCGGUCUGGAGCUCGCGGCCGACGACUGCCCCCCGUCGCCGGGCCACCUGGUGGUGGACCUGGAUGAGGCGGGCCGCGCCAGCCCCCGGGCCAUCGAGGACAUACUCAUGAAGAUGGAGCCCGGCGACGACGCGGAGACAGAGAAGCCCUUCGCGUUCGGGGAGAAGACUCCGGACAGGCGGACGCUCCUGACCCCUCUGAGCCCGAGCUAUGAUGAAAUGCAGGACGUGCAGGAAACGGUUGAGGGAGGGCUGGAGACCGAUUCGGACGGCAACGGUCGGGAAGACAAGCCCCUCGCGGGGCCGGAGCUGUGGAAGGACGACCCGCACUCUGGCAAGCAGAGGGCGAAGCACAAAGACGAGGGCGGGAGCAUAGGCAUAGCACCACUGGCGCCCUCUCUGCCUGAAGGCGACGGAGCCGGUCGUGAUGAUCCGGACGAUGCCGGUCAACCCCCACGAGACAUCGUUCCCUCGGAGGGCGUGGCCGGCUCUGCGGAGCCACCCUCCAGCCUCGGCAGGCACUCCAAAAGGAAGAAGCAGCAAACGCCCAGACGCUACUUCAACAACCAGUACCUCUUGCCACAGUCGCUGGUCCCACCGCCGGGCGGGAAGGCCAGGCCGGCGUUCGGCGCGAGCGAGGCGGACAGGGAGUUGGAGAGUUCCGUCGUGGAUGCGUUCCUGCAACUGGGCCAGGUGAGCACCGCAGCGAGGCACGCCCCGAGCUCUCUGCCGCAGACCGGGGGAACCGCCCCGGCACCGGUCGCCACGGGCCGGGGCUCCGCUCGCAAGGCCCAGAAACAGUUCAGCGUGCUUCGAUCGAAGAAGACGCCCCACGCCGCGAGCACCGGGAAAAAGUCGUCCGUCAGGAAGAUAAGGGGGAAGAAGAAAGUGGCGAGGAAGGGCGAGAAGGGUGACUCGAGAUUCCGCUGCGGUCCCGGCGGCGCGAGGGAGGAGUUCUCCCCGGAGUCGGACGGCCCGGCGAUAAAGAGGGAGGCGUUCAUGCCGAUAUCGUGCGACAGCAUGGAGAACAUCGCCUCGUCGAGCCGGGGGGCGAGGGAGCCCGGCUCGCCGGCGAAGGCCCUGGACCCCCGGGACCUCAUGAAGAUCUACCCGCCGGGAAUGACGGACCGCCGGUUCUUCUGCGAGCCGUGCGGCAAGGGCUACACCAAGAAGUCCCACCUGGAGCGCCACCUGCGCGUGCACACGGGCGAGCGCCCCUUCCCCUGCACGUUCUGCGGCAAGAGCUUCGCGGUGCGCUCGAUCCUGAAGCAGCACCUGCGCAUCCACACGGGCGAGAAGCCGUACUGCUGCCAGGUGUGCGCCCACCGCUUCCCGCAGAAGUCGGGCCUCAUGACGCACAUGAUGCUGCACACGGGCAAGCCCUUCAAGUGCGACCGCUGCGCCAAGGCGUUCGUGUCGAACCACAAGCUGCUGCAGCACCUGCGCUGCCACGAGGGGCGCGGUGCGCACUUCUGCGCCACGUGCGGCGCCAGCUUCUUCGCGGAGGCGGCGCUGCGCGACCACGCCCGCCACCACGGCCAGAAGCACGCGCACACGUGCAUGGUGUGCGACGCCAGCUUCCUGCUGGAGGGCCACCUCAAGCAGCACCUGGACCGACACCUCGAGAAGCUCGUCACCGGCUACGACUGACGCCCGUCACAAACACUACCACGAUUAUACUUUUAUCCUACCCAUAGAAAAUAUUUAUAGCGUUUCUCAAAUUGCUUAUAAAGUGUGUUUGAUUGAAAAAAAUUUAUAAAUGAUAUACAAGAAAUUGACUGGCGCCCGCCGGAAACUACCUUUAAUGUGUUCAGUUAGUGAGACAAGGCGGAUUCAAAACACCCACAAACGAUAAUAUUGUUAAAAUAUAUUUUUUUUAUAUUCAUAGAAAAAUAUUUAUAGCUAUUCUCAAAUUGCCUAAAGUGUGUUUGAUUCGGGAAAAAAAAAUUAUGAAAGAUAUAUACAAGAAAUCGACUUGACGCCCGCCAGCAACUACCUUGAAUGUGUACAGUAAGUGAGACAAGACGGAUUCAGAACUCCCACAAACAAUAAUAUCGUCAAUAUAUUUUUUUUUCUAUUCAUGGAAAAUAUUUAUAGCAUUUCUCAAAGUGCCUAAAGUAUGUUUGAUCUGAAAAAAAAAAUAUAUAUAUAUAUAUAUAUAUAUAUAUAUUAUACAAAAAAUUAAUAGAAUUGCAAUAUGUGCAUUGGGAAAAUUCCGAGAAAUUUUAUUUAUGUGAAAAAGAUACAUUUUGUCCUGUAAGGUUUUGUUGAAUUGCAGUGCAAUAAUUUAUUCCUCAACAGUAUACCGUUGUACCUGGACACGUACACAGAUAUUUUCUGGAGAGAGAAAAAUAAUUGUUUCAGACGUUUUGCGAAGCCCGUCUGAAUGAAAAACUAUAUUUUUUUUCCCAGUGUUGCUGCAUUAUGUUUUUAUAAUUUAUGUUGACCAGGAAAUCGGCUGUGUUGUGAACACGACAUGGCUGUAGAUAACAAAUUAAGGUUGUAAGAAUUAACUAAACAAAGAUGGACAGUUUUUUUUAGCUCUUGAAAUACUGUUUCUGUGUUAGAGUAGUUAUACAAUAACUGAACUAUGGGGUUGGGCUUAGCCGUAGUUUUCCUCGUAAGGUCUGUGGAUAUUUUGUGAACGACCUGUAAGGUUAUUAAUUAGUGCCUUAGUUGUGAAAUGAGUGAAAUUUAUUUUAUGAUUUAUGUAGCAGCAAUAAGUCGCACUGUUUCUUUAAAACUCUUGUCAUAAAUUAUGCUGCACGAAGUCUUUUGUAAUAAUUUUAUUAGUCAUUAAGGAAGUAGGGUCUUAAGUAGCAGUUAGAUAAUUGCUGUACUAAUCCAGUUUUGUUGUUAUGAUUAAAUUGUUACUAAACAGGUGUUGAGGGGCCAUUAAUAACUUAAAAGCCGUGUUUUGUUUUAGCCUGAUUUAUUCUUGUUCCAUUUUUUUUCUUUCAGGUUUUGUGAAGUGAACUUAAUUUUAUUUUCGAUGUUUGACUACCUCAGCUACGUAUUCCUACUGUGUUUGCAUUCCCAUGGAAAUACAUCAGAAACCAAUUGUACGCAAAUGUUUCUUUGGAUUCCUCGAGACAUUUAUGAGCAGCCUGACAUACAUAUGUAAAAAAUGAAUCAAUUUUUUUUUGCAUAAAUAUUUAAUUAGAUACAAGUAUUUUUGUACAAAAAAAAUUUUGUAAUUUACUUAAUUGAUCUAAAGUGAGCAAAAUAUUACAGUUUGUAGUUAAAAGAUUGUUGAAACUACUGUUAUGUUUUGUCAGAGUAUAAGUUAAGUUGUCGUGAUUGGCUGUAGUGUUACAAACUGCUGUGGAUAUUUGUGAUCACGAAUGUUGCCGCACUUGUUGAGGUUAUGUUUGCCGCACUGUUGCUGUUCAUCAGCGUGGGUGCCUGACAUGCAUGGGCGUGGAUAUUAAGUUGGUGGGGAGGGGGGGGAUAAAAAUCUACAAAAUCUCUGAAAGUAUAGGAGCCGGACACAAAAUAUAGGAGUCAGUCAUACAGUCUUCCGCUUAGUGUCUCUCAAGGUCAGUGAAAUUGCGAAUAUCUGCUUAGAAUGUUCCUCUAUUUUUCUGUGUAAUGAUGUGUGCUUGAUAAAAGAGGCAGUUUUUUUCCCCCUCAUAGAGUGAAUUUUUUUUUUGUUGGGCCACUCGGGAGAAGAUAACUAACUGCCUGAGCGGUCACUGCUAGGAGAGUGUGUGUGUGUGUGGGUCUGUAUCCAGUAUUGUUCGCUGUGCAUUAUCCACCAGAAAAACAUUGUCAUAAGUUGUUAGGCUUUACGAGUCUUUGCUGCGAGUAUGCGACCAGAUGUUUUCCAACAGAUCUGUACAAGUUUUUUUCUCUUCGCCACCCUCCUCCACCCCCACGGUUUUGAACUAAACUAAUCACAGAGCGUGCGUGCCGUCUUUCUACUCUCUGAUCUGAAAACUGUCAAAUUUUAACACCCAUGCAAUGUUUUGAGUUUUUACGGAUACAUAUUUAUCCUUAUCAGUAUGCUCUAAUCUUAUUUACCUGCAGGAAUCUCUUCUGCAUAAAAUACUUUAGCUGAUAACGCGGAUGUUUAGUAAUGAUUCCGAAUUAGGUACUGUUAAAUCUGGCUUUACUAUAUUAGUCUUCACAAAAUGUUUCAUGGUCAGAUGUAGCAAAAAAAAAUCCAAUUUAAGUAAUCCUAAAACAUUACGAAAAUCCAGUGGAAAUUUUGUCUCCGCCCGACGAGACAGUUUUUGGUAAACCCGCACAGCCGUAUUCGUAAACGACUGAAUAUUCAUUUUUUCUCAGUGUUAGUAUUUGAAAUUGAAUUGAAUAUGAAUAACAAAUUAUUUGUUUUGAUAUUCAAAAAUUUGAAUAUUCUCACAAUCCUAAAAAUGAUGGAACUGAUGAAUUGGUCACAAAAUUGUCUCCAAAAUAAACAGUAAUGUUGUUCAAGAUUUUGAAACUUUAAUUUUCGGGAACCUUUUGGUAUCUUGUAUUUUGUUUUUUACACCUCACUUCAGUUUAGUCUUUCCUACUGAAUAAAUUAUAAAUCAUGUGGAAAUUAUCUCUGAAAAGUUUUGUGCUUCCUAAUGUAAAAAUCAAUAUUCCCCGUGGCGACAUGGAAAAAAAUAAAAUUGGACGAGCAACUCGAAAGCAAAGUUUUGCUGGCUUGCACUUGUUUUUAUUCCAGGGAAGCCCAAGGUGGAAAAAAAUAGCAUCAGGCAUUUCAGUUGUCUUAUUCAGUGUGCUGCCGAGGUAGUGUAGUUCCCCUGCAUUAACAUAUCGGGUUUUUUCUUGUGGCAAAAGACUUUAAAAUUUAUUCAAUUUUGAGUAGUAUAAGCUUAUGCUCAUGUACACUCCAGGUUGUCUUGUGACUGGUUACGGUAGCGUAGUCCGCGCUGGUGUUGCGUGAUGGAGAUAUCAGCUAGCUUGAGCCUUUUUUUUUUUAACGCUUGCGUCUCCAAAUAUGCUACUGCUCUGCCAAACUUCUUAUAGACUGUUUCUUUUCAGAAUAUUUGAAAGCUGUCAUGUAAAUUGCGAGAAAAAUUCCAAUGUGCCUUGUACGCGUUGAGGAAACACCAAUGUCGGAGGAUGCGGACUUAAAAUGCAAGUACCAGAAACCGUUGUGAACAGAUUUAUUUUUUUCACACUUCCAAGAGUAUUCUGUUGAAGAUCAACAACUUGAUAAGCAUGACUAAAAUAAGAAGGUAGUAACAUGGUCACUUUUUUUUUUGCAAUGUAGUGUCUUGAACAGCAACAAAAUUUUGCUGUGGUUUGUGAGAUUUUUUUUUUCCUCGAAAUCCUAGUGUUGAGUGGGCAAGAAGAGAUGGUAAACAAUAUGAAAUUAUAAGUUGUGAAGAAAGAGGAUGGUAGAAGCAGAAGUUUGGGAGGGGGGGUUACGGGGUAAUUACUGAGGUGUUGGUUUCUUCGUUUGCCUCCACCUCCCUUCCUUAUAACUUUUUCACUUCUGGCUGUGACUGUCUGCAGGGGCGUAGCCAGGGGGGGGUUUUAGGGGUUCAAACCCCCCCCUUAGCACCAAAUCUUUAAUUAAUUUCUUAUUCAUCACUCAAACAAAUUUCAUAUUAAAAUUAAUAAAAUUUUUAUUAUUACAAUAUUUAAAUUUAAGAACCGAAAACUGCUAAAAUAGCACUAUUUUACACCUUAAAAUCCAAAUUUUCCCGGGGGAGGACCCCUGGACCCCCCGCUUUAAUGCGGGGGGGGGGGGGGGCCAUGCUUCUUAACACCCCCCAUACACAAAUCCUGGCUACGCCACUGACUGUCUGUGCCUUCUUGUGACGUACUGUUUUGCUGCAGUCGAUUGUAGUGAUGAUUAUGUACAUAUUCGCAAGUGUUAACACAAAUUUUUAUGGUAGCAAAGUAGUCUUGAAAUCUACAUGUUUUUCCUUAUCCUGAUGACAGUUCUACCAACACAUCCUGGACAGUUAUAGAUUUAAAGUAUUGAAGUAUUUAUUUUAUUAAUUAUAUGGUUAACAGCUUUAUGUCUGCGACCUGACCCUCAGUACUAAAUAGACACCCUUUUAAUGUAUUUAUUAAUCGCAAUAUUAUCUUUCAAAUGUACACCCAUGCCUUACCCGGGCCUUGAAAACGGAAAACUUGCACCGUAAGACAUUAUGCAUCCCACUACGCUACGGAUCUCUGAAACAAACAGAAAGGAAAAUUGUUAAAUGGUCUGUUAAGGAUGAAUAUGGAAACCGGCCGUUCAGUUCACUGUAGGGGUUGGAGUCUGAGAUUAAAUAAGGCUUAUUUGCCAAGUUAACUGUCAAAAUUGUGUCCUGUGGUGGACGGCUCUUGGAGCGUUACUUCUUACUUAAAUAAUUUCAACAAACUAUUGAGUUGUAACGUGUGAACAAAUACGCGUGUCCAUGUUUGCAACUGCUGAUUGUGCAGUUCUGAGAGUGAGUUGUAAGUCAAUGUGCACAGAAGACAAAUCGGGGUUUAUGUCGUGCCUUUAGUCUGUAGGUAGGGUACGUGUCAAUCAGUUGGGUCUGGCUUAAAGCGAAACUUUAAAUAAUGAUGGAAGUGUCCUUGCGGUUUUAUCAUGAUUACAUCCUUCAUGUUGUUACAGUUUUUAAGAGCUUGCAAGGUCGGUAAGGGGAAUUUUUUUUCUACUAUGUAACCCACUGAAUCUAGAGUCUGUCGUCAUAAUUACAAAAAUUAUAUUUUUUCAUACUGAAAAAAGUAGUACUACAUUUUCUUGUAGUUUUUUUCUUUUCUUUUGCAAUUUGUAUGGAAAAUUAAAAUUUGUGUGUUUUUUUGUGGAGUUGCAUUUUUUUUUGAAUGUUCAGUUAUUUUGCCAAGGUUUAGAAUGUUGGUUCAUUUGUUCUUGGUUCUGUUAGCGUGGAACGUCCGGCAUGCAGUCUAGAUCACGGCUGCGGGUGAAGGUUUAGUUCUGUUGGUUUCGGGAGCGGGUGCUCUGUUGUCCCUGCAGAAGGUGGCGGUGGGCCACUGCAGGAUCGUGAACUCGCCUCGUCUGGUCCUCCCCCCCUACGUAGCGAGUCCCUGGCCUUCUCGCCUCUUUGUAGAUCUCAAGAUCUGGGCCAGGAGGAUGCGUGAAUUCAGAUUAAGGGGCAAUUAUCGUAAUUAUUUUUCUCCUACUUCAUGUUUUUGCACAUGUUUUUUAAACGAAUUCAUUACAUAACCACGCUAGCCGGAGUACCCGCACUUCGCUAUGGCGAUCUGAAGGCAGAGCAAACUCCCCUCCUCACUGCCGCUACUAAAGCCCGUAACCGUGGAAUUGAACGCAUCAUCGAUGAAAUGGUGAAACUUCAUCGAAUCCUGUCCAGCUAAUAUGAAUGAACUUGAAAUGGGAGCUCACUUUACAUUGGUCGCGCUUGAUUGUGAAAAGAAAAGAAAAAAUACAUCUCUGGCUCUUAUCAUCGUAAGGAGAUCAUGUGUAACCCAGUUUUUAGUCUAAUCAUAAGCUUUUAAUCACUCACAGUUUCAUCAAAAUCCAUCCAUUAGUUUUUGCGUCACGCUUGAGCAGACAAGACAAACUACAGUUUUGUAAUAGUGUGAGUGUAUGUGAUAGUUUUUUACCAACUUCAAGGCAAAUUUAAUGGCAACCCUAGCAUGUACUGAAAGCAUUACAGUUUUAGAUUAACCUUUCAUAAGUCGCCUUCGUCUUCAAACACUUGAUUUUUAGUAAGUCAUUCAUUAUAUCAGUAAAAGUUAGGUUUUCCUUAGACCAUAGAAAACUUAGUUUUUCAUAGUUUUGUAAAAACCUAAUUUUUAUUGAUUUAUGAAUGAUGUACUAAUAAUAAAGAGUUAGAAUAUGAAGGCUGCAUACAAACUGUUUACCACACGAUUCGAUUCUUUUAGUACGUGGCAUAAAACCUUGCCUUAAAUCAAUAAAAAUAUAAAUGAGGGCUUUUUUUUUAGUAAAAGUGUUGUAUGAAUGAUUAAAUAUGGUUAUAUUAUGAAUUUAUUUAUCAUGUGCAAAAAUGUGAAAUAUUAGAGGAAAAAAUAAUUUAAGAUAUGAUAUUUACUGAACGUGCAAUUCAGUUAAUUUAUAACCUGUGAAAUUGUGCGCUGGGAAGUCUUCAGCGAGAGUUGUGGUUGAGCGAACUCUUUUAACAUUCGCGGCAACGUGAGCGUGUGCUUUGCAUCCGGUCCGCCUAUCUUGUCGUUUCCCACAGUUUGUUAGCCAUGCAAGUACACGGAGUCCGCUGAUCGAAAAAGUUUGGGGUGAAAAAUAUUUUGGUAAAAACUUUAAAUUCUUGAAUUUUAGAAAGUAUUCUUAAUGUGUCGACCCAAUUAUUAACAUUGAUAAGUGAUUUUGUGCAUGUAAAAAUAUUACAGGUUGUGUUACAUAAUAACUAAGUGUUUGUAAAGAUGUAUUUUACUAUACGCUGUUGCGUUACUGCAUUAUUCCGCUAGCCCGAAGAUAUUAUUUUUAACCGAAUAGAUCUCGGCUCUAAUUGGUUACGAUUAGCAGGACUCCACUGUGCUGUUGUUGUUUACUCUCGGUACUGCCCACAAUGAAACCUGCCUUAAACCUUGUUGAAUUGUUAAGAUGAUAUUUUUACGAUCAUGUAACACAAUCCAUGUUGCAUUUUGUGUGUGGAAAAACUUAUCGAAAUGAAAAAUUUGUAAAAAGAAAUUUACAAGUGAUGCCCGUUCAUGUUGUUUGUCAUGUGAUAUUUUUUUUUAUUGAAAAUAAUUACUUUUGAGAAACCUAUUCUUAAUGUAUUUGAAGUGUUUAAGAGAAGAUUUAUGUAAAAAGAAAGGGUUUUUGAGAUUUUUUGACUAUGGGGAACGCGUUGCAUUACCACAUAAACAGUCUUGUGAUUUGCAUUUGUUUGCUGCUGGGGAGAGGCAAACAAAUCAAUCCUGGCUGCACCUUUAAUCCAAACCUACCAGAGUGCAGAUUGCGAAGUUUUAGAACGAACCCUUUUUGAACGUGACCCCCUAACUGUUGAACUUUAACGUCCCAAGUGCCUGCAGCCAGAUUUGUGCCUCGAUAUGACCUCCGAGUCUACUGUCGGACUGUCGAUUGCUCUUUGAAGACACUUCACUUGCCAGUGCCUGCGUUAGUUCUCGUGAGUUGGUGCUAGCGUGCGAACAAUGAGCACAGAAGAUGCUAAUAAUAAGUCUUUCAUAUUGAAAAAAAAAAAGUUAGAAUUGGAGAAUAUAUAAUUUUCCAGGUCAUUGUAAUUGUUUUGAAGCCUUUACGAAACUUGUAAUUUUUUGAUUUAUUUAAAUUGUUGCUAAAUUAUUAUUCCUAGUGCAAUGGAAAAUGUCAUUAAUUUUAAAGUUUAGAAAUGAUGAUGAUAAUUUAUUUUGAAUGAUUCUUAAAUUGUUAUACUUACCACAGUAAAGAAUAAAGUAAGCAGGUAAUUUUAUACCUUGGUUGUUGGAGCGGACUGCUACUGCUAAAUCUUGUGCUAUUCAAACAGGAAGUUGCAUUUUUAUGUAUACUGUCUUGUGGUGGAUGAUGGAUGAUCGUGUAUAUUCAUUUGCGAGGCAUUUUGUUUGUUUGUUCUAAAUACGUCUCAAGUUUAUUUUAACCCUUUGAACUACUAUCUUGAGCCAAGUACUCCGUCUUUAACUUCCUAUUUCCAGUCCUUUGUCGAGUGUGUCUCUCCAAUCCUUUGAAUCACGUCACGUGGAAUAGUGUCGCGUAAUUCAAGGGGUUGGAGAGUCGCACUUGACAAAGAAUCGGAAUAGAAGUUUUAAGAUAAUAAGUCUGACGACUUACGUGAAAUUUGGAGUUCAAAGGGUUAAACAAACAAAAUACAUUAUUAAUGCAUAUGCACGUUACUGAACGAAACAUGAAAAUCCGCUGUUAAAUUAUAAUGUUCAAUAUUUGCGUUUGAACUGAGCAUACACUAUAAAGCAGUAAUCUGUUCAGAUCACACAAGGAUGUGGAGGUUUUGCAGUGUUGCAGUAUUUGUGUCUAGCUGCACACCGUCAAAAUAUUGAACAAAUACUUUCCCCCGAUUUGAAAUAUGGUUAAGUAUGACCUGUGUGAUUUCAAGACUUUUUUUCUUUUUCAUUUUCCUACCAUCAGAGUAUAAUUUUUUCUUGCUCACUAAUUUGUAAGCCUGAUGUGUGUCAGAAUUUCUUCCUAUGCAACUGGUCUGGGCUGGUAAUGAUAAAAAAAAAAAAAAACAUUUUUGUUGUUAAUUCAUAGUCUAUUAGACAAGGUUUAUGUAACGACGUGUACAAUUGUUUCGGAUAGAAACUGUAAUUUUUUUUUUACGAUUUUGGAAAUAGAUCUAGUCUGCAAAUGAAUAAUUUUUUGUAAUGUUUUAAAUAUAAUUAUUUUUUUUAUCUGAAUGUAAGAUGUAAAGAUGUAUAAUUACUUUAUUACAAUAUUUGUUAAUGGAGUUACAGACUGGAGUCAUUUUGAUUGAUCAAUUUUUUUUUGUGUGUAAAUGUGGUUACUAAUUUUAGUGAGACAUUAUAUUUGCGGUUAUUACAGUAUCGGACACAACAACCCAGUGUAUUUGUGCGCCUGGCCUACAUAUUUCCAUGGUCCUACAUUUAGGUGAAUGUGAUGCACAUUUUUUGUAAUUUAAUUUUCUAAUAUGUUUAAGCAUAGAACUGUUUAUAUGAAUAUUUAAUGACUAAUUUUUUUUUUUUUUUUCAUUUCUUUAUUCAAUUGUAUGUCAGGGUUCUGUUAAAAUCUAAUAUUUCAUUUUAUUUGUCAUAGUAUCUUAACAUUAUGAUAAUUGUAAGGGACUCAUUUGUAUUAUAUUAGUGUAGUUGCAACUAAUUUUAGUUUAGGGAAGGUAUUGGGGGAUGGUGAAAUUCAGUACUAAUGUCUAGUUUGUAUGCUUAGUAGGUUUGCAUGUUCGUUUACACUCGGAACAAUAUCCAAUAAUUGAGGGGGCAGUUGAAGCAGCGUCAUGCGUCAAGUGUUGGAUCGUGACUGAAUCGGGGUGUUUACAGGCCACUGAAACAAUAUACAGUAUCUGCUGAAAGUCAUAGAACUUUAUUGUCCAACUGCCUUUUGCUUACUUUGGUUUUGGUUUUUUUUUUUUUUUUGACAC